AUGGCUUCCGCAAGUUGGGCUGAGUCGGUCAAUCGUGCGAUGGAGGGUGAGGAGUCCGAGGUUUCUGCUAUUGAUCCCAUGCUGCUUGGGGGAGUGAGUGACGACCCUAAGGAGCCGGAGUAUGACCAGGGACUGCCGACGCAGGCACCAUCAGAUCCCGCCAUGGAGGAUGAGCAAGUUGACCGUAGGCCCCUACAAGAACGCCAAGCUCCCGCUCCGGUAGCCAGACUUUUACCACAGUCUCCAGGGCACAGUGAGUUGUCUCGCAUGGAAAAGGGAGCACACUGGGAGAUUGAUGAUGAGGAGCUGGUGCCGGACUACAACAGGAUGUUGCCUCGGGGGGUAGAAAGUGGACCGUGUGAUCGGCGGAACGAUCAGAGCUUGCUGCCCACCAACGCCAUGGAUGUGGACCGGGAUGAUCGCGUGCCCCAGUUGGCAGCUGGGGGGUCCGGAGGUCGUGUGACCAAUCCAGCGCCCGCUCCGGUCACGUCUGGGGGGAUUCCGGUUGAGGUGUCUCUUUUGCAAGCAAACGUGGGCCAGUUGGUGCAGCAACAGGUAAGCAACAUCGUGCAAGCGCAGAUGGCCCCCUUGUUCACGCAGCUCUUUGAUCGGUUGGAGGCCAUGGAGGCUAGACAGAGCCGUCUUGAUGAGCGAGCCAGGGUUGCCCAACAGGCCUCAACUGAAGCAGAUGCGCGUGCUCUUGCUGGAAACUUCGCUGCCAGUGUAAGAAUUAGUGCUUCGCAGGGUGAUGGUGGCCAUCAUGGAACAACGGCAGCGCAGCGUGGUGAAGGGUCCUCUGCCUCAGUAGCUCGUGGUAGGAAGGCCGUGGAAACAUCAAGGAGCCACGGUAGAGAUGAGGCCUCAGCAGAUCCGUCAAAUGUUUCUGGGCACGCUGAUCAGGGCUCCGGCCUUGGGGAACAAACGGGGGUGGUGGAGGUUGCUGGAGUUCCACACGCCUGGAUUGUGUACCCGCUGUCACCAGGUGGAACUGAAAUCAAACCACCACCUGGAGGCCCGCCUCAUUCUCCCAUCCCGGAUGCGCAAGGUCCGGAGUACAAGAGUAGUGGCGGCGAUCAUCUCAUUCAGGGUCUUGGGUCCAGUGGCGAUGUGCCUGCGAAUCAGGGCUCCAGGAGCGGUGAUCAGGUAUCCAAGGGUCUUGAAUGGUUCUUUGACAGCAUGAAAAAGGCCCUCACGUCGUACGGGGAUGGGGAGGUCAGAGCAGAAGAGGUGAAAACCUCAUUGGCGGAGCUGCCAAAACUGGUGAUCAAUGAAGCGGAUAAGGACCUCUCUCCAUUGUUGGCAGGAGAUUGGCUCACACUAUCAGGACCGACCAUGCGCGACUUGAGUGCCACUAGCGUACAGUGGUGGGACCAGGUCCUUCAGGCAGCAACGGAUUACUAUCAAGCCUGGCUUCGCGCCACUCCGGAUGAACUGGUGUCCACUCAGAAGAUGACGUGCAUUGACGCAGUGGCUCUGGUUUACUGCACGUAUCAACCAGGGGGUCUUAAGGUUAGCAUCCCUGACCCAACCUUAUUGCUGGCAGGGCUGGACGGCUUGACUGCAAAGGCCUCAGAUCGGGCAGGCUCCGACAUCAGUGAAGAAGCACGCCAGAACAUGUUUAAGGAGGUAACGGCAGCCAUCAAGCAGUUGACAGCAUCAGCGCCCGCUGCGGCGAAGGAGCAUCAGCAUGUGUGCGCCCUCAAGAAUCCCCAGAUGAAGUUGUCGGUUGGAGGUGACUACCGCUUGGACGGAGGCUCUCAUGAAUGCUAUGCCAAGAUGUUGGAGGAUGAUUGCCUCCUUAUGCGCACCUUGCUGUUGAAGGCUGAUCCUGAGGCGUUGCGGGCAUUGGCUCCGCGUAAAGUUCGCACUUCCUUUGCAGACCAUGUUGCAAGUGGCCACGUCCCUUUUCGAGCCGACUGUCGACAUUGCCUAGAGGGACGUUUGAGAGCUAGACCCCAUAGACGUCAACCUGCUGCUGAGUCAUUUGUCCUGAGCUUGGACUUGAUGGGGCCUCACAGGGGUGGCAGGGAUGAAGUGCUUGAUGAGGUAAGGUAUGCUUUGGUAGCAGUCUACACGUUUCCGGAAACACUGGGUGUUGGUGGAGUAGCAGCCCCAAAUGACCCCGAUCAUGGCCCGCCUGUAGAUCCUGAAGUCCAGCCCUGGGAAGAGCCGGAGGAACCAGAUCCUGAGGAAGCUGCAGUAGCUGAGGCACCAGUUGAUCUUUCAGAUGAAGCGGAGCUUCCAAGGGUUCCCAUGGUUGAGUUGCUGUGGGUAGAACCUUUGCGCAGAAAAACAGAAGCGGAAACCCUCCGAGCAACCAAACGCAUCAAGGCAGCAAUCUCCCUUCUAGGACUCCCCAUUGUCAGAAUACACACAGAUGCGGGGAAGGAAUUCUGCAACAAGAGUUUCAGAGCCUGGUGCAGUGACAACGCCUUCGUGAAAAGCUGCACAGGAGCGGAUGACUUCCGUUCAAACGGACGGGUGGAAAAUGCCAUUGGGGUGCUAAAGGGUCGUGCGCGCACGUUGUUGCGGGCUGCAGACAGUGAAUGGCAGGAUUGGCCGUUUGCAGUGCGGCAUGCCGCGGCCCAACAUCGCAUGUUCAAUUUCCAGCGUUUAGGCUGGAAAACUGAGGGACUGAAGCCGUUCAAUGCUUUGGUCCAUGUGCAAGAGCGGUCAUGGAGAAUCGGGGAGUGGGGGAGGAGGGCUGUUCCAGCUAGGAUCCUUGCUCCUGCGCAGGAGGUCGAGCGUGCGUACGUCGUGCGAACAGAAGAUGGAAAUCUGCGCAACGUUAAGGUUCUCUUUGGCGGCGUUCGUGAAGGGCCUCCUGUUGCUGAUGAUGCUCCGCCUGAAAGAGUCCAGGACUUGGCGUCGUUGAGCGACCCCUCGGAGCAGUUGCUAAGGUCCCCGGCUCCGGCCGGCGUAGGUUGGGGUGGUGGCGGUCCGGGGGAGCUUGCUAGGACCGGGACGAGGGCGGGAAGCAUUGGGGCUGGAGGCUGCGAUGCUCGUGAUGCUCGAGAGGAGCCUGGGGAAAGGUCUGGCGAGAACCAGGCAGAGGAUCAGCUUCGUGCUUGUGCUGAGGGCAAUGGCCCUACGGACAUGGGCUGCUGUGAAAGUUUGGAAAGUGUUGAGGGCCUUACUGUUUUUGAGGCUCCAGAGUGUGGCUUCUUUGUUGAUGCCACCUCCUGUGAAGAAGAUUCCUCUAUAGGAUGUAUGUGGGAUGGGGAGGGCUUCGAAGCCUUUGAAAAUCGAGCCCUCAACUUGAAGAUGAUGAUUGAUCGUGAGUGCGAGUUUUUGAAAAGAGAAGCCCAAACCCUUGAAGACUGUGCAGUUUCUGAAGAGUUUCUCGUCAAAGCUGUGCGCGCGUUAGGGCAGGCUCAGGAUAAAGCUGUGGAAAAGGCCCCUGAAGAAGUUGAGUUUUCCCUUUUGCCUGACUGUGAAAUCCUGAGUAGCCAUACUGUUCCCCUUCAAGAGGUGUACAAGCAUUUUCAUCUCUGGAGAAAAGCUGCUGAACAAGAGCUGCAGUCCUUGAUUGAGGAGAAGGGUGCUUUCAAACGGGCCUCUCUUGCAGAUCUAAAGCGGUUAGAGGAGCGUGGAACGAAGGUAGUCAUGGUUCCUGGGAAAGCAAUCUUCACCCGCAAAUCGGGUGGCCGUUUUAAGUGCAGAGUGGUGAUUUGCGGAAACUUUGUCCCUCAGGGUUCUGGAAACGGCGACAGUCAGGGGGAUCAAGCGUCGUUGUAUGCUGCGGGUUGCGAGGUGUCACAUGUGAGACAAAUUGCUGCUAGAGGGGCUCGAGUUGGCUGGGCAGGUUUUUUGUUGGACAUCAAAACAGCAUUCCUGAACAGUUUGUUGUUGGAUCCCAUAAAGCCGCGCACUGCCCCACCUCCAACAAUGACCGAGAACCCCGCUGAGAUUAUUGCCGUGAAACCUCCAAAGAUCCUGAUAGCGCAUGGGUUGGCAAAAAGUGAUGAGUAUUUCCUUUGCUUGAGGGCGGUCUACGGACUACCCCAAUCUCCUAGAGAUUGGGGCAUCACAAGAGAUGUCACCAUAGCAGGCAUGGAGAUCGUUGUGCCGCCCACUGACGUGACCCCAGAAGAAAUGCCAUCGCUUGAUCACUCAACCCGGGAAGCCCUGGGAAAGGUGAUGAAGUUGGUUCCCUCAGCCUCAGACUCGCAAGUGUGGGCCCUUAGAGUUGCGAAUGCAGAUUGCGAUCUUCAACCAGGCCCUGCGCUCGCGUGGAUAGCAGUCUAUGUGGACGAUAUUCUGAUCAUGGGGCCCCGGGCUGUAGCGCUUGCUGUUGUGAACAAGAUUAAGGCUGCGUGGGAGACAGGGUCAAUGAAGAAAAUUCCGCAGUUGAUCGAAGGAACAGCCUCGUUCUUUGGCAUUGAGUUUGCCUGGAGGGGAAAUCAGCUGAUUUUGGGGCAACAGGGGUAUAUUCAAGAUCUCAUGAAACGGUACCCGCAUGUGAAACUGCAAACCACUCCGUUGCCGCCCGGAAAUUUCGAAAUCCCUGAACUGGCUGUGGAGGAGAAAGACCCAAACGCACUCCGCGCGUGCCAGACGUCUCUCGGAGAGAUGCUCUGGAUUGCUACGCGUACCCGGCCCGAUCUUAUGUAUGGCGUGAGCAAAUUGGCCUCAGAAAUGUCGCGCAACCCAGUGGCCACAUUACCGUACAUCGAACAUCUACUAGGGUACUUGUUCAACACAGUCGAUGUAGCGCUAGUGUAUGGCCCCAAGGUCCCCACCUUAGGUGAGUCUGGUAGUGUAGCGACAGUCUCAGGAGCCAAUGUUUUAGAGGUCCAUACCGACGCGGGCUUCGCCCCGCUAGCCGGACGAAGCCAGGAGUGCGCUAUACUCUUUCAAGAGGGAGCUAUUGUGACCUGGCUGUCCAGUAAGCAACCAUUUACGGCCCAGUCCACUGCCGAGUCAGAACUCUUAAGCACCAUGACUGGGUUCAACGUAGGUAGGGCCCACCAGCUGUUAGCAAGUGAGCUGUGCGGAGGUGACGUCCGCCUUGUGGUGCUCAACGAUAACCAAGCUUGCCUACAAAUCAUUCAAGUAGAUAAUGCAUCCUGGCGGACUCGCCACUUGAGAAUCAGGGCAGCAGCUCUGAAGGAACAAUAUCUUGCUGACCAGGUUGUGGUUGGGUAUGUCUCAAGCUCCAGAAAUGGAGCAGACCUCGGGACAAAGUCCGUUCCAUUGCAGCGACUUCAGGAGUUGAUGCAAGUGUUGGGGCUGGGUUCCUUGAAGGACCAAGGCACAUUGUCCCCCGCACCUGUCGCUAAUCAGAGCGGAGUCUCCGUCAGCCAAAGGGCAUUGGUUUCAGUGGUGCUGUUGCUGUGCGCGACAGAGGCCGAAACAGUCAGGACUGAGCCUGAUCUGAGUUCGGAAAGGGAGUGGGACUUCACUAUCUUCAUAUGCAUGGUUGCGGUGUGCAGCAUUGUUGUUUGGGAAGCCUUGAAGUGGUUGCUCAGGCCCACCAAUCCCUCGCCCCAUGAAGAGCCCGAACGACAAAUUGCUCAGAUGCCAGUCCCGCAAGAGGUGAUAAGGUAUGUAGAUGACGAGGUGUUAAUCUUCGCUGAGAGGGCACAAGCUCAAGAGUUUGAAAGGCUCACGCGGGUUGGGGCUAUUGAGGCCGGACUUCGAAAUCGGAAUCUAGGCCAACGCAUUUACCGAGAAGAACCAGAUAUUGAACCACCAGAGGCUCCGCCUUUGCCGCCAAGGCCUGUACAAAGGGCAGACAGCGAAGGGGUUCACCGCGAGGCGGACGCCCGAAGUCAGCGUGAACAGAUUGCUUUUCCUCAAGCACCUCUGAGACCUCAUCUAGUGUGGCCAGUUCCUGUACAGCUUCCGAACCACGAGGUGCUGAGAACAGCUAGCCCUUGGGGAGGACCUUUGAGUGCCGUCUUCCAAGUCCCUCCAGCAGGAGUCCGAGAUCACUUCAUCUACGACGCUCACCGCCGUCCAAAUGUCUUGAUCCGGUGGCAUGGGAUGCCGAGAUUGCGCUUGUUCUGUCCGUCAGACGCGCGCCUACCAGAGGUCAUUCGAAGACAAUCCUUGACGGGCAGAAGGAGGACGCUGAUCGUUCAUGCUGACGGUCGCACCGAACUCCGCGAUGAUCGUUUUGAUGAUCCCACCAACGCAAGGCAUUGCUAUGACAAUGCUUGGCGUGGAAGAACCGAGCUUGAAUUGCGUCCAGAACAGAAUGAGUGUAUCUCGCCAGCAUCGGGUCAUCGGGUCUUGGCAUGCAUCUAUGUUGUUCUGCCGCCCAGGGGCGAGCCUGACUCCAGGACCUUUCUGCCCUUCUGCCUGUGGUUUUUUUGGGACCCUGCGACGAACAGCGUGGGCCAGGGCAAGUUUUCAGACUGCAUCCCGCACCUGGGCCAGGGGGUCAUCGGAACCAUUCCGCGGGUGCCUUCGGUGGUUCCGUCCUUGUCAGGUGAGGCCAUUAAGGACAAGGGGGGAGCUGUGCACCUCAACUGGGCCAAGCCGGUCCAAGAUGGUGGCUGCAUGAUCACCCGGUACCGCGUCUGCUUCUCCGAGUACGAAGACUUCUCGCAAUUCAAAGAAGUGGGGUUAAAGGCCAUGCGCGACGCCAACCUCUUCGAGUUGAAGCCGGAGAUGCACUACCACUUCAAGGUGGCGGCGGUGAACGCCGUGGGUCAGGGCGACUACUCCGAGCCGGUGAAGGUCCUCACCAACCCGAUGCCGCCGGAGAAGUUCAUCCGCCCGCGCCAGCCGGAUCCUCCUGAGGUGGAGCUGCUCGAGGAGGAGCCCAACGACCAUUGCAUCAGGGCACGGGGGCCCGGCAUGGAGGGAGAUCCCACGAUGGGAGCGCCAUCGCUCGAAUUUGCGUCGACAGAAGGGGCCUCCGCCUUUCUCCGGAUUGUCUGCUGGGGCCAGGCGGAUUUGGGGGGCGACAGUAGCCGUGUUCAAGAGCGGCUUCAAGACGUAGAAGCGGUUCACGCCACAAAUGGGGCCUUUGCUGCACUGCGGAAGGAUGGUGCGGUUGUAAGCUGGGGGGAUCCGCGCUCAGGUGGUGACAGCUCAGCUGUCCAAGAGCAGCUCCGUGGUGUGCAGGAGCUUCGCUCCACGGAUGGGGCGUUUGCGGCCCUGCGAAAGGACGGCGUCGUGGUGAGCUGGGGCGACCGCCACUACGGCGGUGACAGCGGCCACGUUCAAGAGCAGCUCAUGGAUGUAGAGAAGCUCCACGCAAAUCGGUCUGCGUUUGCUGUCAUCCGAAGGGAUGGUGCCGUGGUAACUUGGGGUGCGCUGCGGAUGGGCGGAGAUAGCUCACAUGUCCAGGAGCAGCUUUGCGAUGUGCGCGAGAUUUGCUGCAACAGGGUCGUGUUUGCGGCGCUUCGGAAAGACGGCUCUGUGGUUAGCUGGGGUGAUCCGGAAUGCGGUGGCGACAGCAGACACGUCUCAGAGCAGCUUUAUGAUGUGCGUUCAGUCCACUCCACUGCUUGGUCCUUUGCCGCCAUCCGUGGUGAUGGCACUCUGGUAACCUGGGGUGACCCCACCUUUGGCGGGGAUAGCGCUCCCAUACAGAAGCAGCUGUACGAUGUGCAGCAGGUUCAUUCCACUGAGGUGGCCUUCGCGGCCAUUCGCAAGGAUGGUGCCGCAGUUGUUUGGGGCGGGAAGGGCAGGGGUGGUGACAGCAUCGGUGUCCAAGAGCAGUUGAACGAAGUUCAGCAGAUCUACUCCAACAAGGUAGCCUUUGCCGCAGUGCGAAGGAAUGGUGCAGUGGUCAGUUGGGGCGACGACGUUGACAGCACGCGUGUUCAGGAGCAGCUUCAAGACGUUCAGGUAAUUCACUCAGCUUCCUAUGCCUUCGCCGCGCUGCGAAAAGAUGGUACCGUGGUGAGUUGGGGCGAUCCCAACUGUGGAGGCGACUGCGCGAGUGUCCAAGGGCAGCUUCACAGUGUGAAGUCGAUAUGCUCCACCUCUCAAGCAUUUGCAGCGAUCCGAAAGGACGGUUCCGUGGUAAGCUGGGGGAAGCCAGGAUUUGGUGGUGAUAGCGCGAGUGUCCAAGAGCAGUUACACGACGUGCAAGAGAUCCGCUCCACGAAGCUCGCGUUUGCAGCGAUCCGGCAAGAUGGCGAGGUGAUAUAUUGGGGAUAUCCAGGCAUGGAGGGCGACAGCAAGGAUGCUCUGCGACAAGGGGAGCCAGAGGUUCGAGAAAGUACUGCCUCCACGGCUGCUUUCUGCUGCCGGUUGGGUUGGUGA